CGGGGAAUCGGAUCAAGCUGGCCGUCGCUGAGUGACACCGCUCACCUCGCCUCGCCUCGGGGAGGAAAGAAGAGGACCUCCACUUCUCCAGGGCCGCCACCGUCUAAAAACCAGCAGCCAUGAAGUAGGCUAUUUGGCACCUGCCACACCUCCACCUCUAUUUUCCCAUCCAUUCGGAGGAAGAACUACAAACCAAACAAAACAGCUGCACACAUUUUUUUAACAAUGAGUACUUACACUGUGACACUCAACGGACCUUCGCCAUGGGGCUUCCGCUUGCAGGGAGGCAAGGAUUUCAACAUGCCCCUCACCAUUUCCCGGAUCACACCUGGGAGUAAAGCAGCUUCAGGUAACCUGGUUCAAGGUGACAUCAUCGUGGCCAUUGACGGAGUCAGCACUGACGGGAUGACUCAUCUUGAGGCCCAGAACAAGAUCAAAAGUGCCAACUUUAACCUGGCCCUCACCAUGACAAGGUCAAAGCGCCCCGCCCCUGUACCCAUGGCGACGCCAAGAAUUGAUGCUCCAAUGCCUGUCAUCCCUCAUCAGAAGGUUAUUACCAACACACCUGCCAACACUGAGUACCUCCCCAGUUUCAACCCCAUUGCCCUGAAGGACACUGCUCUUUCUACCAACAAGCCCAUAGAGGUGAAGGGGCCUGGAGGCAAGGCCACCAUCAUCCAUGCCCAGUACAACACCCCCAUUAGCAUGUACUCACAGGAUGCCAUUAUGGAUGCCAUUGCUGGUCAGUCUCAGGCCAGGGGUGCAGAGCUGUCUGGCGAUGAGGCUCCCUCUGGCUCUCCUCUUUCUAGUCUGCCAGUUAAAGACCGUGUUAUAGACAGUGCUUCCCCAGUGUAUCAGGCCGUGGUCCCCAGUGAGGACCAGGAGCUGGAGCCUGCUGAAUGGGCCAGAAGAGCUGCCCAGCUGCAGUCCAAGUCCUUCCGCGUCCUCGCUCACAUCACUGGCACUGAAUACAUGCAAGACCCAGAUGAGGAAGCUCUUGCAAGAUCAAGGGAAAAGUUUGAGUCGGAAUCUAAAGGCCCUCGUUUUGCUAAAUUGAAAAACUGGCACCAUGGCCUGUGUGCCCAAAUCCUUAACGUAUCUCAAUAAAGAGCUCAGGACAGACAGUGGUAGACAGGUGGCAUUGCUCCAGAAAGCAGGCAGGCAAAGCAUGUGAGAGAAAGGGGUGAGAGAGAGGAGAAGAGAAGAAGGAUAAAAAGGGAGACGAGUGGCUCAUUCAGCACCAUCACAUGGACAGAUGUCUUAGCAUGAUGCUCACUCUGUGGUGUGGUUUGAUUGUAGAUUGUUCUUUGGAAUGUUAAAAGCCACCAUGUAAUCUUCCCUCAUGCUGUCCCUUAUAAAUGUCUCUGAUGCAAAGUGAAUAAAAGCUGUUGCACUGUGAACUGAAAUCAA